AAAGGAUUAUGGGUUGCCAGCAUUGGCACGCCAGCCUGGGGUGUGUCGUUAUGGAACUAAGAUGGCCUGCUGCUAUGGCUGGAAAAGGAACAGCAAAGGAGUAUGUGAAGCUACGUGUGAGCCCAGAUGCAAAUUUGGUGAAUGUGUGGGACCAAAUAAAUGUAGAUGCUUUCCAGGGUACACCGGGAAGACCUGCAGUCAAGAUGUGAAUGAGUGUGGAACCAAACCCCGGCCAUGUCAGCACAGGUGUGUGAAUACACACGGCAGCUAUAAAUGCUUUUGCCUCAGUGGCCACAUGCUUCUACCAGACGCCACAUGUUCAAAGUCUAGGACGUGUGCCAGGACAAACUGCCAGUACAGCUGUGAAGAAACAGAGGAAGGGCCACGGUGUGUGUGUCCAUCCUCUGGCCUCCGCCUGGGCUCAAAUGGAAGAGUGUGCCUAGAUAUCGAUGAAUGUGCUUCUAGAAAAGCAGUCUGCCCUUACAAUCGAAGAUGUGUGAACACAUUUGGGAGCUACUACUGCAAAUGUCACAUUGGUUUUGAAUUGAAAUAUGUCAGUCGCCGGUAUGAUUGUGUAGAUAUAAAUGAGUGUGCCCUCAAUACCCAUAUGUGCAGCCCCCAUGCCAAUUGCCUCAAUACUCAAGGAUCCUUCAAGUGCAAAUGCAAACAGGGAUAUAGGGGCAAUGGACUUCAGUGUUCUGUUAUCCCUGAAAAUUCUGUGAAGGAAUUACUCAGAGCUCCCGGAACCAUCAAAGAUCGAAUCAAGAAGUUACUGGCUCAUAAGCACAAUAUGAAGAAAAAGGUGAAGCUGAAAAAUGUCACUCCAAGACCCACCAGUACACGUACCCCUAAGGUUAACUUGCCUUUCAGCUCUGAAGAGAGUGUUUCCAGGGGUGGAAACUCUGAUAGAGAAGAAAAAAGGAAGGAAGAGAGAAAGAGAGAGGGGCUUCAGGAAGAGAAAAGAGACAAAGUCCUACAGAAUGAGAUAGAACAGGAGCGAAGCCUUCGAGGAGAUGUAUUUUCUCCUAAGGUAAAUGAAGCAGAGGAUUUGGAUCUGAUCUACAUCCAAAGAAAAGAGCUAAAUUACAAACUGGAAAACAAAGCAGACUUAAACAUCUCAGUUGACUGCAGCUUUAGUCAUGGGGUCUGUGACUGGAAACAGGACAGAGAAGAUGAUUUUGAUUGGAAUCCUGCUGAUCGAGACAAUGCUGUUGGUUAUUAUAUGGCAGUCCCAGCACUGGCAGGGCACAAGAAGGAUGUUGGCAGAUUGGAACUUCUCCUCCCCAACUUGUCACCCCAAAGCACCUUCUGUUUGUUCUUUGAUUACCGGCUGGCUGGAGACAAAAUAGGAAAACUUCGAGUGUUCAUGAAAAAUAGCAACAAUGUCCUGGCAUGGGAAGAGACUCAAAAUGAGGAUGAGAGAUGGAAGACUGGGAAAAUCCAGUUGGACCAAGGGAUUGGUACUACCAAAAGUGUCAUUUUUGAAGCAGAAUGUGGCAAAGGCAAAACUGGAGAAAUUGCAGUGGAUGGUGUCUUACUGGUGUCAGGCUUGUGUCCAGAUGGCUUUAUAUAUAUAUAGAAGGCUGAAUUUCACUGUCCUCAUUUAUAGUUUCAUACAUGGCUUUUUGUGUCAUUUCUUUGGGUUUUCUUAUAUCAUAUCAUAGGUCUCUUCCAUUUAUAAAUAUAAGCUGAAAAUGUGUAAUAUUCCAACAGAAAUAUUAUCAUGAUUCCUUUCUUGUGUCAAAUGUACUAAAAUUUGGUUUAUGUGUAGCA